UGUUCCAAGCAGGCAUGCUCUAAACUGCGAAUUUUUGUUGGUUCUUUUAAUGCAAAUAUAAGCACCUAGUGUACCUUAGUGAUCUAAAGGACAGCGGAUAUGCAUAGCGCAGCCAAAUCGUAAUAAUUAUCAGGCUUUAUUAAAUCUGACAAAAGGGAGAUGAUGGAAUGUUUUUUAUAUUGAAGGUAAUUUUUGGUGAAAAUCUGCAGCUAUGAAGAUUACAGACGGUGUGUUACGAAGUUUCAGGGUGGCCAGGACUCAUCGAAAAAAUGAAGAGAAGGUCAACUGUGUGGACUACAGCCCAAAUGGUGAAAAUGCGAUAACCAGCAGCGACGACGACCGCAUAGUGCUGUAUGACAUGCGAGAUGGAAAGUGCAAAAGGAACCUGUUCAGCAAGAAGUAUGGAGUAGACCUCAUCCGCUACACGCAUGGAGAUACAAACACAGUAGUCUACAGCUCCAACAAACUGGAUGAUACCAUUCGAUACCUGUCACUCACUGACAACAAGUACAUCCGAUAUUUCCCAGGUCACACCGAGAGGGUUACUGCUCUCGCCAUGUCUCCAGUGGAUGACACAUUUAUAUCUGCCUCGUUGGAUAAGACUAUCAGGAUCUGGGACCUCCACUGUCAAAACUGCCAAGGUUUGAUAAAUCCGCUGGGGACACCUCUGUGUUCGUUUGACCCUGAAGGGCUGAUAUUUGCUGCAGGAGUGGAUUCAAAGACAGUUAAACUGUACGAUUUUCGUGCUUUUGACAAGGGCCCCUUUGGCUGUUUUGAGACGAGGUUUAAUCGUGUUUGUGACUGGACUUCACUCAAAUUCAGUAACGACGGGAAGCAGAUCCUCAUAUCUACAAAUGGAGGGAUUAUUCGUGUCCUGAAUGCUUUCAAUGGAUCUGUGCUGCAUACUUUUUCUGGCUACAACAACAGUAAAGGCAUCUCCCUGGAGGCCUGCUUCACCCCUGACUCACAGUUUGUUAUGAUUGGUUCAGAGGACGGGCGAGUUCACGUUUGGAGCACAGAGAGUGGGAUGAAAGUGGCCGUGCUGGAUGGGAAACAUUCAGGGCCCAUCAGUGCUCUGCAGUUCAAUCCCAGUUUCAUGACGUUUGUUAGUGCCUGCUCUAACACGAUGUUUUGGCUCCCAUGUCCUGAUGACUCAUAAAGGGACCAAACACGUCACCAUCAUGGAGGGAAGUUGGAUUGUCCUUUUUUGGUGUAAUACAAACCUCAUGGCCCAGCAGUAUUUUUGGAUAAAUUUAAUGCUGUUUCUGCCAUAAACAGCUAAUUUUUUAAAACUCAGUUCAGAUACACUUCGUUAGCUUUUUUUAACCUGUAUUUUGACAUUUUUCUCAAGAUGUGAAUCAUUUUA